CGAGCACGACGACGAAACGAACGACAAACAGUUGGGUUGCCCGAACAGUCAGUCAUCCGCGCCCGCGUCAGAGCGGUGUGUUGCUCGGGCCUGAACCACGACCAGCAGACUGCAAAUUACGAUUUGUAGACAAAUUUAAUAAUUACUCACACGACGAUAUAUAUUCGCAAAAAAGAAAGUGGCGUCGGUUUCGAGGAACAAGUGAAGCGAGUGUGUUAUCACAGGUGUAUGUGAGUGUGAGCGUGGCGUGGACCGUCGCGCAGUUAUUAACGAUGAUUCACUUGUGCGCGGGUGAAAUGCAGCCUACCGGACUUGUUGACAUUUGUUCUGGAGGCGUAAACAAAUGAUAUCAGAACAGCAGCAGACGUAUGAUGGUAGACUAAUUGACUAUUCCGCGGUACAAAGUUCGCGGGUACGAUGCCUCUCACUCAAGAAAAACGUUUGGAUAAUAACUUUACCAACAACAAUGACCACAGUUAUCUCCAUAAGAAAUUUAAGAAAAUGGCAUCGACCAUUGCAGUGUUUCCUGUUAACAAUGCAAUGGUCGGGGACCCUAGACAUAAAGAUAUCGUCGUAGAAGAGACGGCUCGUAAUAGUUAUAUUACUAAUGGGAGCAUUCAAGCAGCUCAUCCCGAAAUAGAGAAGAUAAAAGGAUCAUCGCAAAAUAAUCAGAACUCUAAAGAUGUACAAAUUAAUAUUAGUCAUGAAAAUAGUAGGUUAUAUGAUGUAAAUAAUGUUGAUCAAGUAUCUGGUAAGACCAGUUGCAAUGAUGAAUUUUCAAACAAGACUGAGAACCUUGAAAAUGAUUUUAGAGACGUUCAGAGUGGAGGAACAGGUGGGCGAUAUGUAUGCCCAUAUUGUAAAUUAUCUUGUGCCAAGCCUUCAGUUCUUCAAAAACAUAUCAGAGCUCAUACUAACGAGAGACCUUACCCUUGUGUACCUUGCGGGUUUGCGUUUAAAACGAAAUCAAACCUUUAUAAACAUAGAAGAUCGCGCACUCACGCUUUGAGAUUGCGGGGAGCUGACGUGGCUGCUACAAUGAACGAUGACGAUAUAUCGGGCGGAUCUGAAAGCGACACUUCUUUACCACCUUCUACAGUUUCUGAUUCUGGAACUGAUGUGUCUAAUACUCGGCUUGAAAACUCAAGACCUUAUGAAAUUUCUUCUCCAGAGUUGAUCAACGAUCGAAUCACUCCCCCAACUGGUGUAGAUAUGCGAGAGGGUGAUACUAGUAAAUUAAAGACAAUAUAUAAGCCCAAAUUUCGAGUAGUUUCAACUUAUCAAGAAACAGACGAAAAAGAUAAAUUGAAAAAGACAAUGUCACCGAAUGCCGAUUUUCUUACGGAACAUAUCUCUAAAAUUAUAUCAAACAAUGAAGCUAUUGUUGAUGUCAUCGAAACGCCUUUACAAAAGAAAUAUGGUAAAAUUAAACAAAUAGCAGAAAGUAAACAAUUUAUGAACGAGCAUGAAAUAAAAACAGAGCCAUCACCACUUAACUUGACGAAACAUUCUAAUGAAAUUGAUAAUGUUUUUCGGAAAAGGUCUCAUUCAGACAGCUUUUCUCAAACAGACCACCAGAAACACCCUUUAAAUCCCGAAGGAUCGAUUAUAAAGGAUCUUCUAUUAAAAACAAAAGGAAAUGGACUUACAUCGGUAACGGAAGAAAUAAACGAUGGGCCGGCACUUCUAUAUAUUUGUCCGCUCUGUCAAAUCGUUAACAAAAGUGCUGAAAAACUGGAAAUACAUAGAUUAUAUAACUGUAAAGGAAACUUCUCUAACAAUAACAGUCUAAUCAAUAAUGUCCAAAAAGAAUUAAGGACUGGCAGACCUGAAAAUGUGUACGUAAGAAGCAAUUCAGUCAACGUUCGGCUGCCAGAAACGCCCUCUAAUUCUUCCGCAAAACUGACAGUUUUUAACAACUCACCCCCGCUUAAAAUCAAACCCGAUAAUUUGGUAAUUGUUAAACCUGAAUCAAAUGACGUCGUUGCUCCAUUACCGUCACCGGGCCCUCUUUUAGGAAAUACCAGGCUUGUUGAUGCAAGAGUACCAUAUGACUACAACAAAAAAACGGAAAAUCUUAAAGUUAAACCAAUUGUAGCCAGUCCAAAAAGAAGAAUGGAUAUCAGCUCUGACCCGUAUGGUAGUAGAAUAUCUGAUAAUUCUUCUCCGAGAUUAACUGAUUUGUAUAAUCAAUCAAAAAUAAGAUGUAUUGAAGCCAAUUCUGCAACAUUACGGACUAUGGAUGAGCUAUCACAAUUAGGAAGGCAUAAUUCAACAUCGCUGCAAAUGUUUGGAGGAGAAGUCAAAAUAGUCCAUCAUUCUGGUAGCACAACUACCCUACGCAUUGAACCAAGUAAAAACCAAUUGUCUCCUAUACUGAUUCAUCCAAAUUUGUCGCCUUCAAAAUUGUGUGUCGACAUGGAAGCUAGCAGCGUUGUAGUAAGAUCGGAAUUACAUUCAGGUGGAACGAUUGUGCAUAAUCCUCCAACACCGAAAGAAAUAAUUGGGACUCCAAAGCCUCAAACCCCAAGAAUAGCAGUGUCAACUAACGUAUCCAGUAACUUACCAAACAUUCAUGAUAUUACACAUUUCCAAUUCCCACCAUUUAGUGCUAUUACAGCAUUUAAUCCUUUGACCUUACCACCUCUAAGCCCGUCAACAUCUCCUAACGGUGCUACGACAAUCCUGCAUGGAGGGAAAUUAAUACCACACGUUCCAGGAAUACCAGGACCAAACACUCCUGGUACAAAUGUUGCAACACUGUCUAAAAAUGCAAACGAUUACUUUAGUCCCCUAGAAACUUCAAAACUGUCAACAGUCGACAAUGUUCACGGUAAUUUACUAUGUAUCAAUGGCCAGGCUGCUAAAGGCAUUGUGUCAUCUAAAUAUGAAAUAAAUAAAAAUGAAACUAUGCUUGGCAUGAGAAGUCCUAACUACAGACCGUUAAACCCAGAAGCCGACAAAGUUACACAGAAACAUUAUAAUGCUGAUGCUUCUCAAUAUGUCGUUUCGGUGCCAAUAAUAAAUAUAAGGAAUGUAGAUGAACCUAACAUUGCUCCGAAAAUAAUAACCAAUAUUAAAAGUAUGGCAACAAAACAGGACGUAGCUGUAAAAAGAAACUUUGAAGGAGUUCCAAAAACUCCCAUGAUGAAAGAGAACUCUAACUUUUUAUCAGUGCAACCAAAAUACUCUGACAAACUGAAUAGCCCUCGAAGUGGUGAAAUAAAAUCGCAGUACGAAAUUAGGAAUUUUAAUUUUGAAAACCUUAUUACGAAAGCAGAAAUAUUCAACAAUCAAAUUCCAAGUUCGGCCGAAGUCCAGAAAAAUACUAAUGCCCAGGAGAUGGCAGUUUCUUCUGCUCACAAUGAAAGAUCCGAGACGGCAUACUUUCAGAAGAACGUGACUACAAAAUCUAUAGCAGAAGACCGAAAACCCAAGUUUUUAAGGCCUUCAACGCUGCCAUUAAAACCUGGUACAUUUACACCUAAAAGACAUCAUGGCAUCACUCCUAACGCAAACACUAUGCCAUUAGUUUCACCUGAAACUCCACGCCCUGCUAAAGCGUAUGGGCAACUAUAUCUAAAUGGGAAUGCCUAUACAUAUUUGGGGCUGAAAUGCUCAACAAAAGUGUUUUAUUGCACUAUAAACCGGCCACAGCCGACUUAUGUUCCUAAUCAACAUUUCCUAUCUAUGUACAGUAAUUGGCAGUUAUUAUCAGAGCUUACGCCAGACCCGCUAGGACUGUCAGCCUCGUCUGCCAUGUCUCUUUAUGACUCACGGCAUCGACCGCAAAACGUGGCCAGCUCUGUGCUCAAACAGGAUCUCAUAUUAACGCACUCGUCGCAAUGGAAUAAAAUUACUAAAGAUAGCAAACAGUCGUCGCUGGUGUUGGACUCUAAGAAAACAGAAGAUAAGUUAUUAAUUGCCGAGAGUUCUAUUACGCCCAAAAAAGAAUUGGCGGGAGGAUUUGAAAGUAACGAAGAAUACACUUAUGUACGCGGCCGCGGCAGAGGGCGGUAUGUUUGCUCAGAAUGUGGUAUUCGUUGCAAGAAACCGUCCAUGUUGAAGAAACAUAUAAGAACUCAUACUGAUGUGCGCCCAUACACUUGUGUACAUUGUGCCUUCAGCUUCAAAACAAAGGGAAACCUCACUAAGCAUAUGAAGAGUAAAGCUCAUUUCAAAAAGUGUUGCGAACUGGGUAUCAAUCCCAACGAAGGCAACGACGUGGACGGCGGUGAGAUGGCGCCGGGCUCCGGAGAAACUGACGACGAUUCGGAUUCUGACGGCGACGAAGGCAACGAGGGAGAAACUGAAUCCAGCGAUACCGAAGUGUGCAAGUCCCGUUUGCCAGAACAUGAAGCCGCUCAUUGUUUACUCUCUUUGGGAGGCAGUCGGCCGGCUACUUCAGCGACACCCGGGCUCAUCACUAGUGCCAGGCCAUCUACGUACCCCUACAACCCCACUGGCCUGGAAAGCACUACAACGGAACUAAGUCCAGGAAAUUUUAGUGUCUCCAGAAGCACGUCCGUAGAUUCACGAACCGACGUCGACAAUGAACCAAUGGACCUAAGUAAAAAUGAUGUGAAAGUUGCUUCUAACAUUCCUGAAAUACCAACAGCUAGAGAAUCUAGUGUCUUAGCAUCUUUAGCGUCAAAUACAGCAAAGCUUCCUCAUAAUCAAACUCAUUGGUCGAAUGGUGAACCAAUGCUUCAUACAUAUUUAACGGAGAGAGCCCUCCAAGAUUCAAAAAUUAAGCAGAGUCAGUUAACAAGCAGCUUAAGUAAACUAAAGAAAAUAGAAUUAGAAAAAAAUGUUUUGACCGAAACUGACAAUGGGAAUAUCAACAUUAGAAAUAUAACAACGACUAAUAACUCCGUAAAUACGUCUAUCUCAUCACCGCAAACUACUAUUAGCACGCCUAAGCUCUCUAUAGUGGGCGACAACGAUAGUUCAACCAAUUCGCCGAACUUUCCAAAAGAAGACAACAUUACUGUCGGUACUGAUUCUACAUCCUUAAAUAAUUUGGUUAUAGAGGCGAAAAGAACUCGUACACCUAGCAGUAGUAAUGCAGAGAAUGCUAAACAUGUUGUGUCAGAAUAUCUCAAACAUGCUCGCAUAAACCUUAUCAAGACCUAUGAUGACAACAAUCAAAAUCAACCAGACGUUAAUGAUUUUACUAACGCGAAAGGGAGCAUGGAAGAUAGAGACGAAAUAAAUAAUACUGACGAUAUAAUGACGAUAGAUCAUGACCCUAUUGCCAGAAAAGUAGUUAUCGGAGCAGGAGGUGUAGCAUUUAAAGUAACUAAGGGAAAAGAAUUCGAAGGGUCUUCGUCCUAUUCGCCAGGGAGGCUUAUGGAGGAUGGGCGAAGAGUAUGUGACUUCUGUAAUAAAACUUUCACGAAACCUUCACAACUGAGAUUGCAUCUAAAUAUUCAUUAUAUGGAAAGACCAUUCAGAUGUAGCGCAUGUGCCGUCAGUUUUCGAACUCGAGGACAUCUACAGAAACACGAACGAUCAGGUUCGCAUCACAAUAAAGUGUCGAUGACUUCGACAUUCGGAGCGGCGACGUCCUUAAAUCCUAGACCCUUCCGGUGUUCGGAUUGCAACAUAGCAUUCAGAAUACACGGACAUUUAGCGAAACAUCUCAGGAGUAAAAUGCACGUGAUGCGGCUAGAGUGCUUAUUCAAGUUGCCAUUUGGCACGUUUACAGAGAUCGAGCGAGCGGGAGUCAGUUUAACGGACAUAGACACGACGGACUGCGCAAGCUCCCUGGCCAGCCUGCAAACGCUGGCGCGCAAGCUGCACGAGAAGGACCCCAGCAAGCUGGAGUACCGCGAGCCGGGCGCCGCGCACGACGGCUCCGAGGACGAGGAGCCGCCGCCCCCUCCCGCCGACAACGCGUGUGACAGUAAAAGAGAUAGUGAAAUGAAAACUAUUGAGAAUAGUGACGAGCUAGACAAAGAAAGGAGUUAAUUUUAGUGCCACGGAUAAUUAGUGCCAAAAUUAUAUUAAGUAGGUUAUUUAAUGUGCAAUUUUGUUAUCAAUUUAAGAUGUAAUUAUUCGUAAUGGGGUUUGACUCAGACACGGACACGUAUGAAAACGAGAUAAUACGCUUUAAAUAUUUAUAUAUUUGUAUUUUGUUUCUAUGUUAAAAUUGUAAAAAAUCUCAAAUUGAUAUGUCUAAUGUUGUUAAAAUUGCUUCUUUUGUAAGGCUUGCGUCAUUGACUAGUAGGUAUUUUUACGUACACAAACCAGCAAGACUUGUCUCGUGGCCAUGAAACUUAACGGAAAACUGAAAUCAUAAAUGAAUAGUUACAUCUGUAAUUUUAAAUACAACAGACGUUUUGCGGUCCAUAUAUAAGUAACGAUUAAAAUAUCAGAGAAACAUAUUAAAAUACUUAAAAUAGCAUAAUAACAUAACAUAGUCAUCGAUAUUACCCGAUAAGUAGGUACCAUAUUGUUUUGUAUGUAUUUUUAUAAAAUAUAUACCACAAUGUAUUUACAGUAAUUAACUUCUACUUCCAAAAACGUUUAUAUGUAAAACGAUUGGCAUAUCAUCUUCCAUAAACGAAAUUUAGAUAUACAUUGUAACAAUCCUUGAAGAGUCUUCCAUAUCAAAAAUAGUACUUGUGCUAGAUAUUUGUUACUAGUUACUCUUCACUUGAGUGAAAAUUUACGAGCGUAAAUUAACUUUACAUCUACAAAUAUAAGCUGCUCCUUUUGUAAAUAUUACGUAUUUAUUACUAAUUGUACUUGAUCAUAUCUUGGAGUGCACUUAUAGGUGCCACUGUCAAAUGUCCGAUAGGCCAGGUUUAGCAGUCUGAUCGAAACACUUAAUAUAAUUAUGCUAGUGGCAAAGCCAAUUCAAAGGUUCGUAUUUCGUAUUGCUAAUUUACUUCAAGUUAACAAUAGCAACACCCGUGAUCUAACAAUAUACCUACCGUUUAGUGACAAUGGAUUUAUUUAUUUGAAAAUAAACGAAGUAAUCUUUGCAUUUUACUUAAGCAAGAGUAACCGUUUCGGUUUAAUUUUCUAUGUAGGUACAAUACCUAUAAUAACGAGUUAAUUCCAACAUUUGCAUUUUGC